AACAAGGCUCAAAUUGAACUGAGAAAAAGACUGAUGAUUGGCAUUAAUGAAACUAAAUCUGAAGUGUGUCUUUGAGAGAAGCAGCAAGGCAUUAUGAUCCGCACAUUGUCAAAUAAUUUUAGAUGGUGUGAUGAACAGAAAACCCAAGAGAUUCCUUCCGGAACAUUGUCUAUAUCAUCUGAUGAAACUUGGACUUCAUAUUGGUCGCACCUACGACCAGCUCAAGCUGAGGUUCUGAUCUUAAACAUUCGAACUAAUCAGUACUCCUUUCCAAAGUACCUGAAAGAAAUGAGCAAACUAAAAGUUCUGAUAGUCAUGAAUUAUGGUUUCCAUCCGUGUGAAUUGUUCGAUUUUAAGCUACUUGGCACAUUAUCAGUCCUAAAAAGAUUGAGACUAGAGAGGAUUUCGAUUCCUUCCUUUAUCUCAUUGAAGAAUCUUAAAAAGUUAUCCCUCUACUUGUGUGAUACACGCGAGGCUUUCGAAAACAGUAACAUUCUAAUUUCAGACGCUUUUCCAAAUCUAGAGGACUUGAAUAUUGAGUAUAGCAAAGAUAUGGUUGGACUGCCUAAGGGACUGUGUAAUAUCACCUCCUUAAAUAUGCUCAGCAUCAGUAACUGCCAUAAGCUUUCUGCAUUGCCUCAAGAAAUUGGAAACUUGGAGAAUCUGAAACUUUUGAGACUAAGCUCAUGUACCGAUUUGCAAGUGAUACCAAAUUCUGUUGGAAGGCUUUCAAAUCUACGGCAUAUGGACAUCUCAAACUGCAUAAACCUUCCUAAUUUACCAGAGGAAUUUGGUAAUCUAUGUAAUCUAAGAAUUCUCUACAUGACAAGUUGUGAAAGGUGUGAACUGCCAUCCUCAAUCAUCAAUCUUAAGAAUUUAAAGGAGGUGGUAUGCGAUGAAGAGACAGCUUUUCAAUGGGAAGCUUUCAAACCUAUGCUUCCAAAUCUGAAGAUAGAUGUUCCUCAACUUGAUGUAAACUUGAAUUGGCUUCAUGCAAUUCACUCCUAAUAUCUGUUUCAUACAAUUUUUUUUUUUGUUUGCAAGUGGUGGUUGAAAGUAAAGGGAAGAAAAUAAGGCUUCGCUCUCACAAUGGAUUAUCGUAAAAGGAUAGUUUUAAGUUCUAAAUCUACGUUAGUUGGUUCAAAGGGGCUAAUAUUUGCCUUGUUCUUACA